AUGCGAGCUCGGGCGGCAUCGCAGAGCAUCAUUCAGUCGUACGGCAACUACACGUACGCGCUGCUCUGGGCGAUCGUGUUCUGCGAGACCGGCCUGGUGCUGACGCCGUUCCUGCCCGGGGACUCGCUGCUCUUCGGCGCCGCUGCGUUCGCGGGCAUGGGCCACCUGAACAUCUCGGCGCUGAUGGUGGUGUUUGUGACGGCGGCGGUGCUCGGGGACGCGGCGAACUACGCGAUCGGCGCGUGGCUCGGGCGCGCGGCGAUCGAGAGCGGGAAGAUCGACUCGAGCCACGUGAAGAAGACCGAGGAGUUCUACGACAAGUACGGUGGCAAGACGGUGGUGCUGGCGCGCUUCGUGCCCAUCGUCCGCACGUUCGCGCCGUUCGUCGCGGGCGUCGGCUCGAUGGACUACAAGCAGUUCGCGGCCUUCAACGUCGGCGGCGCCUUCAUUUGGACCAUUCUGUUCUGCGGCGCUGGGUACUAUUUCGGGAACAUGCCGUUCGUGCAGAAGAACUUCACGCUCGUGGUCCUGGGGAUCAUCGUGAUCUCGAUCGUCCCGAUCAUCGUCGAGGUGAUCGCCGCGAGGCGCGAGAGCAAGCGGCAGAGCGGGGGCGCGUGA